CGGCUCGGAGAGGGCUGAUGGGCGCAUCGUGAAGAUGGAAGUGGACUACAGCGCCACGGUGGACCAGCGACUGCCCGAGUGCGAGAAGCUGGCCAAGGAAGGAAGACUUCAAGAAGUCAUCGAAACCCUUCUGUCUUUGGAAAAACAGACCCGUACUGCUUCCGAUAUGGUGUCUACAUCCCGUAUCUUAGUUGCAGUAGUGAAGAUGUGCUAUGAAGCUAAAGAAUGGGAUUUACUUAAUGAAAAUAUUAUGCUUUUAUCAAAAAGGCGGAGUCAGUUAAAACAAGCUGUUGCAAAAAUGGUUCAACAGUGCUGUACUUACGUUGAAGAAAUCACAGACCUUCCAGUCAAACUUCGAUUAAUUGAUACUCUACGAAUGGUUACAGAAGGAAAGAUUUAUGUGGAAAUCGAGCGUGCUCGGCUGACUAAAACAUUAGCCAGUAUAAAAGAGCAGAACGGUGAUGUGAAGGAGGCAGCCUCCAUUUUACAAGAGUUACAGGUUGAAACCUAUGGGUCAAUGGAAAAGAAAGAGCGAGUGGAGUUUAUUUUGGAGCAAAUGAGGCUCUGCCUAGCCGUGAAGGAUUACAUUCGGACACAAAUCAUCAGCAAGAAGAUUAACACCAAAUUCUUCCAGGAAGAAAAUACAGAGAAAUUAAAAUUGAAAUACUAUAAUUUAAUGAUUCAGCUGGAUCAACACGAGGGAUCCUAUUUGUCUAUUUGUAAGCACUAUAGAGCAAUCUAUGAUACUCCUUGUAUACAGGCAGAAAGUGAAAAAUGGCAACAGGCCCUGAAAAGUGUUGUCCUCUAUGUUAUCCUGGCUCCUUUUGACAAUGAACAGUCAGAUCUGGUUCACCGAAUAAGUGGUGACAAGAAAUUAGAAGAAAUUCCCAAGUACAAGGAUCUUUUAAAGCUUUUCACCACAAUGGAGUUGAUGCGUUGGUCCACACUUGUUGAGGACUACGGAAUGGAAUUAAGAAAAGGUUCUCUUGAAAGUCCUGCAACAGAUGUUUUUGGUUCUACAGAGGAAGGUGAAAAAAGGUGGAAAGACUUGAAGAACAGAGUUGUUGAACAUAAUAUUAGAAUAAUGGCCAAGUAUUACACUCGGAUAACAAUGAAAAGGAUGGCACAACUUCUGGAUCUGUCUGUGGAUGAGUCAGAGGCUUUUCUCUCGAAUCUAGUAGUUAAUAAGACCAUCUUUGCUAAAGUAGACAGGUUGGCAGGAAUUAUCAACUUCCAGAGACCCAAGGAUCCAAAUAAUUUAUUAAAUGACUGGUCUCAGAAACUGAACUCAUUGAUGUCUCUGGUUAACAAAACAACACACCUCAUAGCCAAAGAGGAGAUGAUCCAUAAUCUACAAUAAGGGUCUGAAUGCUUUUAGAAAAGAGUUAAAAUUGGAAGUCAUUAAAAAGAAAAAGAAGAAAAAAGACUGUUAUCAUGGUGUAUAUGUUGGGGUCUUUUUCUAUUCUCAACUCCUUUGUGUAAAAUUUUUAAAUAGUGAAUAUGUUUGAGGCCCCUUUUGACCUUUCAGUUCCUGGAUUUUAUUGUUCAUGUUGCGUUUGCAAUUGCUGCAAAAUUAUAAAACAUUUCUGUUUGAGUACGCAAAAAAAUUGUGUCAUAACUUGCCCAAAUGUUUUUCUGUCAUUUAAAACCUUGAUAGCUAUUAUUUGUUUUCAUUCAACUAACAACCAUAUUAUAAUAAUAAAAGUAGUAUGUGCACAUUUACUUUCUAUAGUUACCUCUCUUUCUAAACAUUUUGUGGGGUAGUGAUUUGACAAGUGUUUUUUAAAGUAAAUUCUGUUGUCAAGCUUAUCAUUUAGUAGAAUAAAAAAAGCAACAUAGAACAUACAGGAACACUGAAACAGAAUAUUCAUUUGUGAAGAAUUUGUAUAGGUUGAUGAUCCCUAAUCCAAAAAUCUGAAAUGUCCCAAAAUCUUUAAAGUACAAGUAUGGUGGCACAGGUGGAAAUUUUCACUUCUGACCUCAUGUGGUAAGUCACAGUCAAAAUAAAAUAUUAUAUAAAAUUAUCUUCAGGCUAUAUGUAUAAGGUGUAGAUGAAGCAUAACUGAAUUUCAGACUUGGGUCCUAUUUCCAGAUAUUUUGUUUCAUAUAUGCAAAUAUUCAAAAAUCUAAAGCAUGUCUGGGCCCAGGCAUUUUGGAUAAAGGAUCUGCAACCUGCAUUUUGGUAUUGUGGCAGAAGAGCUCUAGACGAGCGUGUGGAGCCAUCUGGUAGGCUGGAGUGUGUCUUGGUUUUGGUUUUGGUUUGGCUUGGUUGGUUGCUUGUCUUAGCAUCACACUGAUUUCAAUCACAGAGGCAUGAUUGCUUAGCCCUUCCCCUAACUUGACCAGUAACUUAACAAGAUCACGUGACUUUGUAUUGGCAAAGGCUGUUGGGUGUUAAGUCCUCUCUGUAAGGAUAGUGACUUUUGUGGGCCCCUUCCCGCCCUUGUUUUUAUGAAGCUUCUCUGUGACUUUAACUUAUAGCUCUAAUUGCAUCAUUAAUGUUACAAAUUCAUAAUCUCUAUAAGAACUUUAGUUCCAUUAUUGGAACACAGGAUAACCUAAUUUUUAAAAGAAUGACAAAGACUUCAGAUCACUUUCAUAGUAAAUGGCAUAGUAUUAAAAGUUUUUUACAGAAUUAAAAGUAGUUCUAUUGUCAAACAUUGGAGAUUAAUUAGUAUGAACAUUUUUGAAAGUUUUUUAUUUUAUAUACUCCAGAGAUAAUAGAAAAAUUAAACAAUGUUAGAAGGUUAUUUAAAAUCUUUAAAUGAAGAAAGUGUGAGGUCUACGUUAAAAGAUAUGUAAACAUAGAGGCAUUCUGGAAGCAACAUUGCUCAUAAUUUCCAUGUAAAGGGAUAUUGUCACUAAAUUGUGUUAAUUCAUGAUCCCAGGCUAGGGACAGUUUACAGAUCUCUGUAAUAUUUAUGCUCUGAGUCCUUGUGAGUGAUGACAUACUUCAUUAAAGUAAUCUUAUUAUAUUUUUUUGGAAUUUGGUGCAUUGGUCACAUUAAUAACAUCAAUAUCUGCUAAUGUUAGUAGCAACCAUAUGGCAAGUGUAGAAACAGAAGUUUGUAGUAACUGUGGUUUAAAUUUUCUUUCGAAUGGAAAGGAUAGAAAAUGAAACCAUUUCACGUUGUGAAUUGGUAAAGAAAUUUGGAGCUGAUGUGGGUCGAACGUCUCGUUAACAUCAUCUUUCUGAGGAGUCCCCUUUGGGUUUGCCUAAGCUGGACUGCUCCCCCAAACUCUGCUCUGGUGCUCUCAGCGCCCACCGCCCCGUGCUCUGUUACACACACUCAUCCUCAGAGUAGCCUUUUUUGUGUGAGGAUUGGGUGCCAUUUAAGCUCUGUCCCACUGACCGAAUUUCACAUGGCUUGAUUGGCCACACUUUCAUUUCUUGUGUUUUUCUGUCCAACUUGUUAAGCAAACAUAAGAGUUAACAAUCAGUUUCUUAGUGUUACAAAAUACAAACAGCAUAAGGUGGUGAAACGAGAUAUUCAGGACCUAAAUCCUGAUUGACAUUUCAGACCUAAAGUUGGCAUUCAUGGAAAGGAUAGACUCACUGUUUUAAAUAGGGAGAAGACAAUAUUUGAUUCAUUAUCAUUUUCACUAUAAAGUACUAACCAGCAGGGGAGGUGGUGAGCUGUUGUUUUUCUUGUGAAAUACCUUUUGUUUCCAUAUAGUUUCUGUUUUUCUUUUAGAGUUCAAUUGCUAUUUCUAUAAUUAUCCUCCUCAAUUUCCAUAUGCUUAGUUUCAAAUCAGUGAAAAAUUCUUUGAAGUUUAUAUAAUUCCAUUCUGUUUCUUGCAAUUGUUAAUAAAUGUAUGAUGAAAGUACAUAUUUUAAAUUGUUUUCAGCCCCUGGAUAUAGCAGCAAUAAAAACACUAAUUUGUGGGUAUUUAAGAAAACCUGGAGAAUAAACUCAUACUUUAAAAAGGUCA